UUCAUUCCUCUCCACCUCCUGUCAACUGUCAACUCAAACGUCAACCGCCAUUUUAUCCAACUUCUCGAUUGUGUUGGACGUACGGUGCGAUGGUGCAAAUAAGUUGCCCUUUAUGUUGCAACGAGACUUUCGACUCACCUUCCACCCUCAAAAUUCACCUGGUGGAUAUUGUGGAAAAUCUGCAUUGUCCCACUUGUCAUGAAAAGUUCGACAAAUUGUCUGACCUUGUGGACCAUUUGGACACCGCCUGUGCUCUUAUUAUAGAAAUCGAUGACCAGUCAAUCGAGAGUCCUCAAAGCAUCGAAGAAACUGGCGAGCUUUCGGAGAGUAUUCUAGCCAGAGCGCUACUGGAGGGUGGUAAAGGCACGACGGAACUCGUAGAGGAACAAGUGCAGUAUUACUGUCAAAGUUGUGAUUCGCAGUUCGGGGAUAUCGACGACCACUUGAGUAAUUUCCAUCAAGGACAAGAAAUAAUUUUGGAGGAGGAAACCGUCAAACCCGCGGAGCCAUCCCCCCCACUCCGCAAGAAAAAAGCACCAAUCACGCAAGACAUCAAAGACAAAGAUGGCCGCUUGUACACCCGCAAGUUCGUCAAAAUCGACAAAUUCUGGCUGCAGGACGAAGACACCACUUCCACCCAAAACAACGUCGUGGAAGUCGCUUUAUGUCAAACCUGUAACACUUGUUUCCCCACCUCUGAAAACCACGAAUGCGCCGAAACCGACGCCAAAGAUUUGCACAUUUGCGACAUUUGCAACACCUCUUUCUCCUCCCUCAAGUCCUUGAGGCUCCACCACCGCAUGCACGUGCCAAUCAAAACGCGCGAAAUCGAAGCCGCGACCAAUGACGACGACAGGGAGGAGACAGUCAGGGAGAUCUUUAUUUGCAAAGUGUGCAAAAAGACGUACAACAAAGAGCACGAACAAGCACACAUGAGUUUGCACGAGUACAACAACGGGUUUAAUUGCGGGGUGUGCAAUAGGAAGUUCUUUACCAAGCCUAACCUAGAAAUGCACAUGAAGGCUCACACUAACAAUAAAAAGUUUACUUGUUCGUAUUGUAAGAAGCCGUUCGUGACGUACGAUGCUUUGAACGAGCAUUUGCAGAAUCAGUGCCAGAAGAGGCCGUACGCUUGCCAGUACUGCGGCCGGAGAUUCACGAGGCCGCACGAGAAGGUCAAGCACGAACGGAUACAUACGGGGGAGAAGCCACACGUGUGCGAGAUCUGCGGCAAGGCUUUUAGGGUGAGUUAUUGCUUGACGUUGCACUUGAGGACGCAUACGGGGUCCAGGCCUUACCAGUGCAAACAUUGCGGGAAGAGGUUUAAGUCUCAUAGUGUGUAUAACCAUCAUUUGUUGACGCAUUCGGAUGUGAGGGCUUAUAAGUGUCCUUAUUGUCCGAAGGCUUUUAAAACCAGCGUCCAGUUGGCGGGGCAUAAGAAUAGCCACAUCAAGCCGUUUACGUGUACGGAGUGUAAUAGGCCUUUUGCGUCCUUGUAUGCGGUGAGGGCCCACAUGGAGACACACAAGAGGGACAACAACUUGAAGUACGAGUGUUGGAUUUGUGGGGCUUUGUACUCGAGGGCGUUCGCUUUGAGGGAUCAUUUGAAGCAGCAGCACCAGCAGGUGGUGGGGGAGAAAGAUAAAACGGAAGUGGUGGGAGUGGAUGAGGAGAUGGAGGCGGCAAAUUCGAUUUUAGUUAACGAGGAUGAUAUUAUUUUGGGGCUGGAGGGGGCGACGAGUAUCGAGAUAAUUGAGAACGAGGGGGAUUGAAUCAGGUUUUCGUGACUUCUGCUGUUUUUAAUGUACCUGUUAAAUAAACUGAGUGUUAGUAAGGUUA